GUACGAAAAAGGUUAUCUCAUUGAAAAACUGAGCGAAUCAAUAAGCUUAACUUAUACUAUCAUGAAAGGACCGUUUAAAUCCAAAGAUUUAUCACUGAUAGAAAAUUUUGAACUUAGCAAAAGCGGAACGAUUUAUUAUGCGUCCACAUCUGUCGAGACUCUAAAAGCACCGUUUUUGAAUUACGAAAGCCGAGAAAAAUUAAAACUCGGUGGCUGGAUACUUAAACCUGUAUCUAAUUCACCACCUUGUACAAAAGUAAUAUACGUUAUUCAAAUGAAUGGAGUAUUGCCUUUUGACACUUCUAAAACAUAUCUGGCUAGGCGACCUCUC